GGCCGUAACUGGGAGGGUUUCGGUGCAGAUCCUUUCCUAACUGGCGAAUCCGCAUACAAGACAAUUUUAGGCCUACAAAAUGGCGGAGUACAAGCCACUGCCGAGCACUUCAUCAACUAUGAGCAGGAACACUUCCCCACAUUAGAAUCUUCAAAUGUUGAUGAUCAGACUCAGUAUGAGAUUUACGCGCACCCAUUC